AAAGUUUACACUACAGGUUGAUGGAAUUGAGACGAAGACAGUGACUAGGACUACUACAGUGAGAGGAAGGGUGUGGAGGAUGUCGGUAGUGAGCUAGAGCACCAUGGCGCCCACAGCGGGACAGAACACCUCGGCCUCCACCCACCAGCAGACGAGAAAUGGCACCAAAGUGUUCAGGAUUGUGGUGUUGGGAGAGGGUGGGGUCGGGAAGUCGGCUUUGACACUACAGUUCGUGAGUCACAGCUUUCUGGAAUACCAUGACCCAACUAUUGAGGAUGCAUAUCAGAGACAAGCUGUUAUUGAUGGAGAACCAGCCUUGCUCGACAUACUGGACACAGCAGGCCAGAUUGAAUUCACUGCCAUGCGAGAUCAGUACAUGCGGUGUGGUGAAGGCUUCUUGAUCUGCUACUCUCUGACUGACCGUCGAAGUUUUGAAGAGGUGGCUGAACAUACUGUUUCUAUUAUAUAUGUUUUUUUUGUAUAUAGAGGGAUGUAUUGGGUUAUAUCUCUAUUGGAUAAGUGA